UAUGGACAAUCCGGGCGGACCAAUAACCCUAUGAUUCGACAGUGGAGCACACCCGAGCUAUAUAUACAUCUGGAUAUGCACACACAGUGUUCUGAUGCAGUGUUCAAGGGACCGGAAGGAUUAGAGGGGGCAGAAGGAGCGAGAUGGGUUCCAGGAAAGCACACGGGGUUUUGGUACUUGUUCUUCUGCUUAUUGUUUUGCCUGCGCUCUCGAUCGGAGGAAGGGAGUUGGCGGAUGAAAAGGAUCACAAGGAGCAUUCCACUGCCUCUUCUGAAAAGGGAGCGGCGACGGCUGCAGGGGUGGCGACAAAUGAUUAUGGGCGCUACGAUCCGGCUCCGGCGUUUUCCAAGCCUCGCUUCAAGUUUAUACCCAACUGACUCACUGUGCUGCUUGGCUUCUUUGUGCCACACGAAGGUUAGACUUAUUAAUAAUACAUGUGCUGAGUUAGUUAGAUGGUCCGAAUAGCAUUUCUUAUUUCUUAUGUUCUAAGUUCGACUCCGCCGAAGCACAGGUCUCUAAAAAGUAUGGUUUUGUCGAUGUUUAAGAAGGGUUUUCUCAGUCUACCUGAUGAGAAGGUUGAUGACUUAUGUGAAUUGAGGAGUGAUGUUGCAUCUGCAUGCUAGCUAUAUGGAUGGUGAGGUCUAAGAAAGAUUUUAUCAACUUGCGUGGGAGGUUCUAGCUAGCCGCAGGUUAAGUUUGUUUAAAAAACAUAUUAAUAGUAUGUAUAUUAUGUACAUAGAUGACAUAUGAGAAUUGAGACGUGAUCCUUCAUAUAUGCUUACUAUAUAUAUGCACAUGUGGCAUGUAGAAAUAGCCGUGUACUGCAGAGAAUGUGUGUAACUUGUGUAGUAUCUGGUGUUGCUGCCCCUACGUACACCCUACUGAACGUAGUCGGCUUCGGUUCUUCAGUUCUGGCGUUGGAUCUUUGAUCCGGAUGCCAUAAAGUUGGUUCUUUCUUAACAACAACAAGUCUACUUAUUUUCAA